CCCCCCCCCCUCCCCUCCCCUCCCUGACUGGGUCCUGACCUGUGCUGCAGACUGACUUCUCCAAGCCCAGUUGAGCCGAGAGAAGCGUUCGGAGUCAUGGCUGACAGCCGGGGAGACGAGGAGGCAGAGGGCGAGCAGGAAGUGCAAGGCGCUGAGGGAGGAGAAGAUGUGAUUGAUGAUCCCAUCUUGGAGCAAGGAGUGGUGGUGCUCAGAGGGUACGUGAUAGAGCGUAUAAACACGGAGGACCCCAAUCGGCAUGUUGCCUCUGAGGAUUUGGGAGGACGGCCGCAGGAACAAGAUGAUCCUGAAGUAAAAGAAGUGGUGGAGCAGCUGUUAAAAAUAGCCGAUGAGCUGAAUCGAAAUGCAGAGUUCCAGCGACUGAUCAACCAGGUUCAGGCAAACUGUGCCAAGGAAGUCUUCAUGAUGGUGGCCAGGAGCAUUUUUAUUGAUGGCAUCAACUGGGGCCGAGUGGUGGCUCUGUUCCAUCUAGCCUACAGACUCAUUUACAGGGCCCUGACCACCAACCAUCUGGAGACCAUCAGAGUAGUCAUCAGCUGGGUUCUUCAGGUUAUCAGAGAGCUGCUCUACCCUUGGCUAGUGCAGCAGGGAGGAUGGGUUGGCGUGAUCCACAGCUUUUCACGAUGGAGGAAUGCAGCCAUUGUUGCAUCUGUUGUUGUUGUAGCAACAAUUGUUUACUACAGGAUGAAACGCUGAAAGUCCCAACUCUCUCACGUCUCAUCCUGGAAACAUGAAGGAUGGUUAUAAGGACAGUUUCUGGAACUUUAACAACAAUCAUUCCUCAACAUAAAAUUUUUAUAUAUAGAUAUAGGCUAGCAAUAGGGGGCCAGGUGCCGUACACUGAGAUACAAAACCUUUUCAGCUUCAGGGUUCCAACAAGGUAAGAGUACUUUUGCUGUCAGAAUCUCCUUUCUUUUUUGUUUCAUCAACUGCUUAUUGGAGCUCCUGCAGUGACUCAUGAAACUGGCAUGUUGGAUGCAUCGCUACCACCAGCUGUGAUGGUGUUCACUGAUUCUGCCUGUAUCAUAAGCUGGAUGGGCUCCUUGGCCCCAGUAAGUCCAGUGAUAGGAGCAGGAUCAAAUACCAAAGAUCAGUGCUUCACUUCACCUUUGAAAAGAAAAUCACAGCAAUACCUUUUCUGAAUGAUCUUUUUUAUUAAGAUGUUUUAUAAUGAACAGAAACUAUGUAAGCUUAGGCUCCCAGGUCCUCCUCAGCUCAGUCUUCUGUUGAGGUCACUCUGGGUCUCAGCUGUAAUGUGCAGGAAUGAGUUGGGGACCCUCCAUAAAUUACUAAUCAACUGUUUUUUUAACAGUUAUAUUUAUCUGAAUCUGUCCUGAAAAUUUUGAUGCAGAGAUUGGGAUGUUAAUGAGUUGAGAUUGUUUCUUGUGGGAUACAGGGGAAGAACUACGUGAUGUGAUCUCAUGUAUUUAUGCGAGUUUGAGCUCGAGUAGAGAUGAAGCUCAGUGAUUGGAGGAUUCUGCCUAAAUGCCUCGCCUGAUUUUGCCUGAUUACAGUCUACAAACCCCUUUGAAAAUGCCAGGAUUUGGGAUGCAAGUAAAAUGAAACCAGAGUGAAUCCAAAAAAAAUGUUCUGCUUUUAAACAAUUUACAUCUUUUACAAUAUAACUGAAAUAAACACAUUUGUUAGAAGAUAAAAACAAUAAAAAAAUAAAUUAUCUUGAGAUCAUAAAUGUGCCCAUUGGUAAUUCGUACUUUAUUGAACCGCCUUUUGAUUCAGUCUCAGCAUUCGGUCUUCUCUGUAAGCAUCCAAUCAGCAUCCCACACCUUGAUUUUACCCUGUUUUCCCACUCCAUCCCCAAAUGUCUGCAGCAGAGCUGUGUCUCAAUUUGCAGGCUGCGUCCUUCGAAGGACGCAUUUUACUGUUAAAUCAGAUACCAAAUAGUAUCUGAUUUAACAGUAUCUGUUUAGUUGCUCUAUAGCGCACAAAUAAAAGUUGUUGGCAAA